GUUAGUCUGUGAUUUAUGAAAGUAGGAAGGGAAAUGAAGCUGCUCGUGGCUGUGUUGGUGGUCGGCUCCCUCGGAGUCUGCAGAGCUUGGGACGAGCACUUCAAAUCGAGCGAGUGUUAUAAGCUCGGCCUGGAGAACCUAGACGACCGAAUGCCUCAGAACUUGGGGAAUCUCAUCGCCCUCAUCGAGAAGUGGGAAGAGGAACACCAGUAUGGAAACGCGGAGGACAUAGCCGAGGGGAUUAUCAAGAGGUACAAAAUCGACGGCAUCGUGUACCUUCCGAGCGGGCCAACCUUCUGGGGCCAAAACGAGCAGGAGGAAGCUGACAAAUUCGACGUCGUGAAGAGGGUCUUGGUUCCCACAGAAGAAGUGCCACAGGACAUGUACUUCCCGAGAGAAGAGGUAAGUGAGAGUCAUUUCUCAUUCCUUUUUUAUUUCGUGUUGUAUUUAUGCGCCCUCCACUUCAUGACGACGCACAGCACGGACAUCUAUCCUCAUGCUGGGACCGGCGAUGUGUGGGACACCCGACGACGACGCAGGUCUGAGUCCCUUCCGCAGAACGCGCACGUGAGAUACUCCCUCCCCCAGGACGUGGAUCCGGCCCGCCACCCGAUCGAGAAUGGCGUUAUACUCACUCCCUACGGACCUGUUGCGGCCGGGACGUUGCUGUCGGGUAUUAUGGCUUCAGACAAGACAUCAGAAGUCUCUGUUGAGCAGAUAUAUGGUAAUGAUGUCGAUUACAUGCACCCAGAAAUGCUCAGUUCCAGACUCCAUCCUCAGCAUGUGUCGACUCUGGCAGGCGACAUCGGGCAGUCAGCGCUGGUGUCGGUGACUUCAACCACCUUCAGCAGCACGCGUUAUCUCGGGCCACAAGGGAUGUUCGGAAAUUCAACAGCGGCGCCCAAACUCUUCACUCUGGAGACCAAUAACGAUGGCAUUAUUUCUUACCUCACCAGAGCCGAAAUAUUUGCCGGCAUUGAUGCACUCCUCAUCCAGAAGGUGUUGCAAUCGUCCACCUCAAGCACGCUGAAGCUGUCCCAAGUCCUGAGGAUGUACUACAGCGAGCGUGGCCUUCCCGACCAUCCCGACUUCCGCGCUUGCAACCGCAUGGAAGCCUUCAAGCAGAUUGAUAAGACGAAGAUUGAGCAACAGGCCCUGAACUUCAUGUACGCCUACGCCCACCACUUCAACGAGAUCCAGAGACUGAUUAAGGAAAACGAUUUCGAUGUAGUCAGGGAUGCCAUGCAAUCUCAGCUCAGCAGGGCCAUGGGCGUCUUCAACUCCUUCGUUGGCAGCUAUAACUACGAAGAUUACGACCAGUGUCCCAUAUACAGCAGUUCCCAAGUCAAAACGGAAAAUCAAGUCGAUCUCUUGUUUGUUUAUGCUCACGAAGGAGGCACGACGGAGAUGGAGAAGCAGAGGGAAUAUAUCACUCACUUGGUCAACAUGCUCGGCGUAGGGAAGACAAGGUCACGCCUGGGAAUCAUGGACGGCAAGAAGGCAGAAUGGAUUGUACCCAUGACCAACUUCAGCAAUGUUGCAGACUGGUGCAGCAACUUCACUGAAGAUGAAUCACAGAGUUACGGCUCCGGGUCAGACAUGCCACUCGUGUUGGAGAAACUGGAAGCAUAUUACUCAGGAUUCUACAAAGACCUCAGGAGUGAUGGUAAUAAUGCAGAAGCUCACACUCAGAUUGUGUUGUGGAACGUACCCUCAUCCCCAUCAGGUGACAUCAAUGACUUCUAUAUGAAGAUGAAGAACUUCCGGUUGAAUUAUCCAGACGUCUACUUCCUGAUGGUUGGGAAGAGCAAAGGUUCUUACAAUGACAUCCUGCUUGACAUCUCCAAGGACUUCUUCACCAACAACGUCCUCGAGCAGGAGGACUUUGCCAGAGACGUCCUCAAGCGCGUUCUUGAAAUUCCUUCUGUGUUCGUGUAUCCGGCCUGUGACAGUAACAACGCCAAUUUCACCAACUACCGGGAACAAAACCACUUGUAUACCGGUUUCGUGUCUCCUAAUUAUACGACUUACGUGCACAUUGCCCCACACAACUUCCGGUUUUCGGGUUACGUCAAGCUUAUGAUAUCGAGCUCGGAUGUGAAAGUAUGCACCAGUAGGGAGAGCAUGGCUGUGGCUAACAAUGCCUUGGACUACACCUGCAUCGAGGACAACGGAGAUAUCGAGUUCUAUGAUCUCUGCGGCAGAUACUUGGAGGACUGCAAACCAAUCUUCAUGUCCAUCACGGGGAAACCGUCGCUUGGGUCGCGUUGUACAGACGAGAGAUGCGAAUACCCCGACCAGGUCAAGUUCGAGAUCCGGCAUGAGGGCAUGACCUGCGGCGCCUGGUGCUCGACCUCCUCUCUUGUCCUCCUCUGCGCCUCACUCCUGGUGCAUCUCUUCCGUUAGAUUUCUCCCUAUUUGGGUCCUAUGUGUUAGGGUUCCUCCGUGUUUGGUUCAUCUCUGUGAUAGGUUCCUCUCUGUUUGGUGCCUCUGUGUGGUAGGUUCCUCUCUGUUUGGUUCCUCUCCAUGAUAGGUUCCUUCGUGUUUGGUUCCUUUGUGUUUAAUUCCUCUGUGAUAAGUUCCUCGUGUUUGGUUCCUUCUGUCUGGUCCCUCUACAGCGAUAGAUUCCCCGUGUUUGGUUCCUGCCUGUCAUAUUUUCAUCCCGUGUGGUUCCUCGCUGUUAAAAGGUUCCUCCGUAUUUGGUUUCUACUUACGUUAACGUCCUCUCUCUGUCCCAUCCCGACUAGCUCUUUCUGUCUCUUUUUUUUUGUCUUCUUUUCCUAUGUCUUCUCUUUCGUAAACUUGCUCUUUUUCUCAUAGUUUACAUCUUCCGAGAUGUAAUAAUUCCAUAUCUGUACAAAAUUCUAUAUUUUUUCAUCUAUAGACUUAAUGGCGUCUGUAGUUUAAUGACUUUGCAAAUGAUUGUCUUUGUAGAAUCGUGAAAGUACAAGUAUCAUAUUUGUUAUUAUUACUAUUGUUAUUAUUGAUGUUAUUAUUAUUAUUUUUAUUAUUAUUAUUAUUGUUAUUAUUAUUAUUAUUAUCAUCAUCCUUAUCGUAAUCAUGAUUAGUACUUUUAUUAUUGUUAUUAUUAUUAUCAUUAUUUUUUUUUUGUUAUUAUCAUUAUUAUUAUUAUUAUUAUUAUUAUUAUUAUUAUUGUUAUUAUUAUUAUUAUUAUUAUUUUUAUUAUUAUUAUUAUUAUUAUUAUUAUUAUUGUUAUUAUUAUUAUUGUUAUUAUUAUUAUUAUUAUUAUCAUUAUUAUUAUUAUUAUUAUUAUUAUCAUUGUUAUCAUCAUUAUUAUUGUUAUUAUUAUUAUUACUAAUAUUGUUAUUGCUAUCAUUAAUAUUGCUAUUGCUAUUUAUACCAUUAUUGUUAUCUUAAUUAUUUACUUUCUCUUUAUAUCAAUGUAUCCCACAAUGGUGAUGUUAAUACAGGUAAUGUUAGUAACUUAAUCAUAAAAAAAUAGUUUUUAUUUACACUCUGAGUUGUGUGUUUCUAAUAUUAGUUCAUUUUAUGUUUGUGAUUGACGUGUUUGAUUACAUGAAUAGGUAAUAUACAGUUUAAGCUUUUAAUCGUGUGUUUUAUCUUUUUUAUGAUUAUACGAUUAAGAGAGAUAAGUAUGUUACUAAAUAAAAAAUAAAAGAAAUGA